ACAGCCAUGGGAGCGGACGCUGAUGUGCGCGGCACAGCGCGUCCUGCGCUCCGUGCGUCAGACAUGGGCUCGGACUGUGAAAGUUACUACAGCAAGGAGAACGUGUUCGUGGAGGGAUUCACGUGUCCGAGAGCGGACAAUGACUCCACGGCUCUUUACUGCUGCGGCUUCAGUGACCUGAAAUACUGUUGUGACGACCCCAACAGCUUCUUCCCAUACGAGUAUGGAUACAUGUGGUGGUUGAGUGUUGGAGCUCUGGUGGGUCUCUCUGUAGCAGCCCUGGUUCUUCUUGCCUUCAUCAUCACCCUGUGUGUACUCUGCUAUCUGUUCAUCACCACCAAACCCAGAGAGCUGGAUAAUGGGCUUCCUCUUCGAGCACCAGGUUCUUCAUCGAGUCCACACGGACCAGGACCAAGUCAUAGCAGCGCAAGUUCUGGACCUCAAGGCCUCAGGAAACACUUCCUGAGGGGCAAGCUGGACUGUGACAACCAGCCGCCAGACCCAGACCACCUUUUCCAGCGUUGUUUCAUGGCUACUGUGACAUCCAUCAAUGUUGAGGGUCCUGCAUAGACUCGUCGACUAUUUUACUUUAGGAGCAGUUACUUUUAGUAUGAUUCUUUCUACUUACCUCAUUCUACUGAAGGCUCAAAUUGAUUUGAAUUCAGAACGUCACAUAUUCUUAAAAGAAAAUUUACAUUUGACAAAAUCAAAUUUAAACCUUGAGAAAACCAAAUUGUAGCAGAGAAACAAGAUGUGACCUUGAUGCUUUAUAUGCAGGGUCGCUUAAGCUGCAGUCGUUUGCAGCUUAAGCGACCCUCAUUUUCCAAUUGAAAUCUCCCAUUAUUUUGUUUCCAGUUGGAUCUAGUCCCCAGUUGGAUCUAGUCCCCAUCAUGAACCUGGUGGCCACUUUGCUUUUACACUGUGAUGGAGAACUUAAAGACUCAAAAAGGAGGAGCAUGCAGGACUUUGAUGAAAUGUGUGAAAGUACAGGAUCUUCAUGCAACCUGUUGUACAUAGACCUAGAGCUAGUGUUUGUCGGCUCACCACUCUGUGCCACACAUCUCAACAACUGUCAGAAAAAAAACAUAUUCAGUCAAUUUCUCUCCUGAGGAUUCAAUCCUACUGAAUUUGUGGAUUCUCUGAUCGUUUGCUUGGGCCACCAUUAGGUGCAUAUGUUUGGUCUUGUCUUGAAAAGUAGUAGAGGAAUUACUAUGAAACUUGGUUCACACACACAAACCCACGCUCACACACACACACACACACACACACACACACACACACACACACAAUAGACAAAUUCCCUUCAGGGUAAACUAUUUUACUUUGUAUCAGACUUUGGUCACUAACCGACCAUUGAACAAAUUUCUUAGAGGCGACAUUGACAAGAAAAUAAAUGUUGCUAUAUUUACUUAAAGACAGGGUCAGAUACAUUGUAAUGCAACCUGAAAUACACAUACACACAGGCUAACUUAGAAGGACAAAGGUGCAAAAAAUAGAGCUGUCUAUGUGUGAGAUGUCAGUCUUGCAUGUAGUGGGCAUGACCCACUAGCUGUUAUGACAACAGACUGCCCUCACAGCCUGAAUGGACCCUGAAUGUGACACUUUAGAAAAAAAAAAUGUGUUGUUGUGAAGAAACAGCCAGCAUGUUACUUAACUUAUGUGGACAUGCAAAAGCUCCUAGGUUUAAUGAAUAAUUUGCUUUAAAUUGUAAGCUGCCGAGUGUGUAAAUGAAGUGUGAGCAAUGGCAUAAAUCACACCCAAAGAAAUAUUUGUAUUUACUUAUAUUUUGCUUUUCAGAAGUAUCCUAAAUGAGGAUAAGGCAGACUUGUUGAUUUGUGCUGUCAAGAAAUGUGAUUUGUAAGAUGUCCAGGUCCUGGAGCUGUUUUGAUUGCAGCAAAGCAGAAACCUGUUAUAGCCGUAAACUCUCAUGUUGUGCCAUGAAUUCUCAGAAUGUUCAUGUAAUGUCUGUGUUUCUGAGUUUUGUUUAAUAGCGUUGUACUCUGUGCGAGAUAUUUAGCAGCUCAAGUGCCUCUGACUUUGUACAUG